GACCGGCAAGAUGGCGGCGGACACGCAGGUUUCAGACACACUGAAGAAAUUUGCUGCCAAUGUGACCACAGCCAGUGUGAAGGAGCGCAAGGAGAUCUGUGGGGCGCUGAAGCUGUGUACAAAGGGCAAAGAGUUACCUGAGCCUGCCAUCAAAGGACUAUGCAAGCUCUUCUGUCUCACGCCGCACAGAUACAAAGAUGCCGCCUCCCGCAGAGAGCUGCUCUCCGUCAUCUCCCAGCUGGCAGAAACCCAGCCGGACGUCCUGGUGACGAGUCUCCUCCACAGCCUGCUGAGCAGCGGAGUCAUCAGCAAGACCGGAACGCCCAG